AUGGCGUACGAUCUGCGAUCUUUCACCUACCUCUACCACGUGCAUUACCUAUUAGGACUGCUAGGAGGGCGCGGUGCUGCUGCGGCACGCGGUCCCCCCUCCCCGUCCCUUACCUUGUAUCGCUUGUCCCCCAUUGUCCCCUCCUGGCAGGAGGACGCGGUGCUGCUGCGGCACGCGCUGAGGCACGGCACGCGGCAGUGGGGGCGGCUGGUGCGAGGCAGGCAGCUCGCGCGCGGCAACAAGGCGUGCUGCAACCGCUUCCUCUUCCUAAAGAACAGCACACUCUCCUCAGGCUCUCUCCCUGCCCUUGACUGGCCCCUCUCCUCCCUCUCACCCUCCUUUUCACCCUCUCUCAUAACCUCCCUCUCGCCGAACCACGCGUCUGCCGCUCGGCCCAACCUUGCCCGACCUCUCUCAUCCACGUCCCCUUGGCAGUCCACCUCUCGCAUGCCUCUCACCUUCGGUCCGGCGCAAAGCUCCCGCGUUCUGCAUUCCGCCCUUCCCAACAGCCUUUCACCGUCCCUCCACUCGACCGUCCCUCCCCACACUGCUCCCCCCAUCGCUACUCCCGCCACUUCCCCCAUUGCUCCACACAGCCCUCUCACGUCCCCUCCAUCCGCUAUAGCCUCUCCCCCCUCUCACUGCCAUUCUGCUGCUCCCUUCUCACCCACAGCUCUCAUAACAACUGCGACGCCACCGGUGCCAUCAGCCCCGUCCACCGUCAUCAACCGUGACCCACCGCACUCUCUCCCCUCCUUCCCCUCACUCACCGCACUCCACAACGCUGCUUCCUCCGCUUCUGUCGACUGCUCCCCACCUUCCUCCCAGACCUCCUCCCAACCCUCGUCCCAACACGUCUUCCAGUGCACUGCUGCGCCAGUGGAAUCACAGCAACUGCAAUGCAUGAGGCCGCACAAGAUUCCUCGGACGAGCCGAGGCGUUCUGCCCCCUGCUGCUCUGGAAUUCGCCCGUUCUUUUUUUUCCGGUCUGCCCGGCAGGGAUGAGCAUCCGGGAGGUGAGAGCAGCGACGGGCAGCAAACGUCGGAGCCAGCAUGCACUAGUGCGCAGCAGGAAAAUUGUCGCAGCGGAGGGAGCGAAGAGGCACAGUGUGGAUAUGUUGGUGGACGUGCAUCAACGGCGCUGCCUCGUUUAGCUUGCCAACCUUGGUUUCCUGAGAUGGCUACAGCAGCUGCGGCUGCCCCUGGUGUAACUGCUGGGCCUGCUGUUACUGGCUCUCCUGAUGUGACUGAUUUCCCGGCAGCAGCGGCGUUUGUUGCAGCAGCAGAAGGCACAUGUCAGGGAGAGGUAUCCAUUUGGAAGGAUCUGAUUGAGCUGGAGGGGGGGGAGAUGGAUGUGGUGUGCAGUGAUGAGAAGAGAGGGGGGCUGCCAGUGGGCUCUUUCUGUAAGCUGGAGGAUCUCUUUGAGGAGCAAUCUAGUGUGGCACCGUAUGGCAUAGAAUGA